GCAUCCCCGGAAGUCGUUCCUCGAGAGCCAACGAACCGCUCUGCAGCCGAGGCCGGGAACGAUCCUGGCUGGGGUUCUUUUUCCCCCUCCCCCACGCCUCCUCCUCCUCCUCCUCCUCCACGUCGGCAGCCGCCCGCAGGAUCGCCAUUAUGGCUGCCGAUUCGGACGUGCUCCAUUUCCAGUUCGAGCAGCAAGGUGACGCUGUGCUGCAGAAGAUGAACCUGCUGAGGCAGCAGAACCUCUUCUGCGAUGUCUCCGUCUACAUCAACGACACCGAGUUCCACGGGCACAAGGUGAUCUUCGCCGCCUGCUCCACCUUCAUGCGGGACCAGUUUCUGCUCACUCAGUCCCAGCACGUCCGGAUUACGAUUCUGCAGAGCGCUGAAGUCGGCCGGAAGCUGCUGCUCUCGUGCUACACAGGAGCUCUGGAAGUGAAGAAGAAGGAGCUUUUGAAAUACCUCACGGCGGCAAGUUACCUGCAGAUGGUCCAUAUCGUGGAGAAGUGCACGGAGGCCCUUUCCAGAUACCUCGAAAUCGAUGCUUCGGUCGAAGGCAACGGCAGGUGUGCUGAGAAAUGCCACUCGUCUGACAUGGAGCUGGGCAGGAGAGAGAGCUGCCCCGAUAAAGACUGUGAAAUCAUUGAGAUUUCUGCCGACAGCCCAGUGAACGUAGAUGAGCAAAUAAAACAGGAGAAAGGAGAUAUCCAGCCGGCGUCCCUGCAAGGUUUAAUGUCGGACAGGAAGGAGGUCAAAAGCCCGGAGAUAUCCACUGUGGAGAUCGGCUACAAGGACGACGAAAUCUGCAUUUUCCAGAUGGACGUCCCCAGCGUGGACGACGAGCCGUUCCCGCAGCCUUGCACUUCUUCGAAAACCAACUUGUACUUCCCAGAAACUCAGCACUCCUUGAUCAACUCCACCGUGGAGAGCAGGAUGAGCGAAGUAGCCCAGUUCCAAAGCUUCGGCGGCGAGAAUCCGGAAGGAGCCGCGCACGCAGACUUCCCAGCCUCUGAGGACGCCGGCUACACCUGGCGCCAUCAGUGUCCCAAAUGCCCCCGUGGCUUCCUCCACCUGGAAAACUACCUCCGCCACUUAAAGAUGCACAAACUGUUCUUGUGCUUGCAGUGCGGGAAAACCUUCACUCAGAAGAAAAACCUGAACCGGCAUAUUCGCGGCCACAUGGGCAUCCGCCCGUUCCAGUGCAUGGUGUGUCUGAAGACCUUCACUGCCAAGAGCACCCUCCAGGACCACCUCAACAUCCACAGUGGCGACCGGCCUUACAAGUGCCAUUGUUGCGACAUGGACUUCAAGCACAAGUCUGCCCUCAAAAAACACCUGACCUCCGUCCACGGAAGGGCCGGGGUGGACAAAUCUGGCUUUGAUGCCAUCACGGAAGUCAGAAUAGACUAUGAGUAGAUGUCGUUUGGGAAGGGGAAUUUUUUUUAAAAAAGGCCUGAUUUGAUGCUGAGCACCGAGACUCCACCCACAGACUCCAAUCCUGCAUGUAAAUACCGUAUUUUUCAGAGUAUAAGACGCUCCGGAGUAUAAGACGCACUUACCUUUUUGGGGGAGGAAAACAAAUAAAAAAAAAAUCUGCCUCUGCCUCCCAGAAAUUUGCCUCAUUACAGCAAACAGCAAACAGCCUGCUUUAGUUUCAUUUUCAGCACAGCCUGAUUAGCACAAGGAAAAAAAAAUCUGCCUCCUAGCAAUUUGCCUCCUUGCAGCAAGCAGCAGAGGCCCGCUAGGCAAUGGCAAUCCCUGCAGCCUGAAACAGCUGAUUGUCGGGAGGCCGAUCCAACCGACAAUCAGCUGCUUGUGGAAAUCAGGCUGUGCUGAAGUUGAAACAGGCUGUUUGCUGCUUGCCGCAAGGAGGUAAAUUGCUGGGAGGCAGAGGCCAAAGGGUGGGGGCCGGUGGGUGGGCGGGGCUACAUUUGGUGUAUAAGACACACCCAAAUGUUCACCCUCUUUUAUGGGGGGAACAGUACCCCUAUCUAUCCAUGUUCUUGCAGGCUUUCGAAUAGCUGCCCUUCUUCCCAAGAUAUGAUCCGUGGUGGCGCAGUGGUUAGAGCGCAGUACUGCAGGCUAACUUCUGCUGACUGCCGGCUGACUGCAAUUUGGCAGUUUGAAACUCACCAAGCUCAAGGUUGCCUCGGCCUUCCAUCCUUCCGAGGUCGGUAAAAUGAGGACCCAGAUUGUUGGGGGCAAGAAGCUGACUCUGUAAACCGCUUAGAGAGGGCUGUAAAAGCACUGUGAAGCGGUAUGUAAGUCAAAGUACUAUUGUUAUUUUAAGCAACUAAGAAAGGUUGAACAAGAAGCGGUGCUUAUGCUGUUGUUAUUUACAUAUUUAUAUGUUAUAUAUGACGUAAAGAGUCUUUUCAGCCUUUGUUUUGCACCACAACCCAGAAUGUUUUUAACGUGCUUUGAACAGUAGCCGUUGUUUACCGUUUCGGUUUUGGAGGCCUUAAUCUGAGCAUCUGGUUUGUUGUUUUUUGUUUUUUUGCUUGCAAAUUUGUCUUGUUCGCAGUGAACUGCACCGUAGCCAGGGAUUGACUCGAGAACCCGAUGCACAAUCAAGGCAGCGUCUUUUAUUUUUAUUUUUAUUUUUUCCCCUUUUAACAAAGUCUGGACUUGUCGUAAAAGCACUUGUUAUUGGAGCACUCCCUGUGUUUGGCCAGCCUGACAAGAAUUCAACCUAGGUUCCAUUUUCAGUCCAAUCUGAAAUUCAGUCCGUAUUGUUAGCAAUCCCUGCAGGUUACAAAAUACAGUAUUUUCUUCUUCUUCUUCUUUCCGGAAGCGUUAGAAACGUACAAUUGUCUUCAUCCGGGGCAAUUCUGUGAUUUUUUUAAGGCAGUAUAAAUAAUAUACCUUUUUGUGAUAAUGUAAAACAAGAUGGAUUAUCUCCUGGGAUGAACGGAUCAACUGUCGUUACAGCGGUACUCAUUUUCAAGAGAGAAAAAAACAGCAGCAACCUGAGAUAUAAAAUAAGAGAUAUUAAUUGUGGGUGGGGGUGGUGUCAUUGAUUGCAUGCCUUUCCUGAAAUUGCCAGUGGCAAUUGCAUAAAUUAUCCAAGAGAGCCAGGUUGCUUGCAUUUCGAGAAGGCCGUUUUAUAACGUUACGAUCGCUUCUCCUUGGCUUUUUGUAAAUCUCUUGUGUCUGCUUUUCAGUGUGCUUUCGUGUUAACAGGCGGUCCUGUUUGAUUGCUAUGCUCCCAAUGUUGUAAAAGACUCUUUUCUCCAGAUGUUCGUGAGCAAAUUGUGUCUGUAACACGAGUGGGAGCUGUCCAGUUCUGAGAAAAAAAGCAUCCCCUUGGCCAAAUGACCUCGAGAGCUUUGACGAUCUUGUUCGUGGCUCUGCUUUGUGUAUGCGUGUAUGCCAGAUUUGCCGUUUAGUUUGUAAUGGGAAUAAAGUUUGCUUCUGGCUGA